GCCGGGAGGGCCGGACAGCGCGGCCAGCUCCUCCCCAGGUCGGGCGUGCCCCAGACUUCCACCCGCCUCUCCCGCGCCCUCGUCCUCACGGCGCGGCCAAGCAGCCAUGCCAGGUGGCCCGCUGCAGAGCCUGUGGCGGCGAUGGUGCCGUUACAAGUACCGCUUCGUCCCUUGGAUCGCACUCAACCUAAACAACAACCCAAGGACUCUUCGAUAUGUUCCGGAGGAAUCCAAAGACAAAAUUAUCUCAGAUGAAGAUGUUCUAGGAACAUUACUGAAAGUUUUCCAAGCUCUAUUCGUAAAUGAUUUCAAUAAACAAUCAGAUCUCUUGACUAUGCUUCCAGAACCUGUUAAAUCAAAAUAUCAACACCUACUGGGAUUUGAGCAUCAUAGGAUGAAUCUGCUUGAAAACAAAUAUCAACAGCAAAAUAUCUCUAAGCCAGAAGACAUUCUUUAUAAUACCUUGUGUUUCAGUGUUGCCCGGGGAACUAGCUCAUUGAUUUCUGCAGGAAGAGGUGUCUUCGUCACUAAAGGACUGGUACCAAGAGGCACAGUUGUAUCUAUGUAUCCUGGUACAGUAUAUCAGAAGUAUGAGCCAAUCUUUUUUCAGUCCAUUGGAAAUCCAUUUAUUUUUAGGUGUUUGGAUGGGGUCCUCAUUGAUGGAAAUGACAAAGGAAUAUCAAAAGUUGUAUACAGAUCUUGCAAUGGGAGAGAUCAACUUGGCCCUUUAAAAAUGAGUGAUAGUUCAUGGCUAACAUCAGAAAUUCAUAAUCCACUGGCUAUAGGACAAUAUGUCAACAAUUGUUCAAACAACAGAGCAGCUAAUGUCUGUUAUCAGGAAUUUGAUGUGCCUGCAGAUUUCCCCAUAGAACUGAAGCAGUAUCUUCCAAACAUUGCCUACAGCACUGAAAAACACAGCCCACUUCGAUGUGUUGUUCUUGUCGCACUUAGGGACAUCAAGCAAGGAGAAGAGCUUUUUUCAAACUACUACACAAUUGUCAGCUAACUUAGUGAAUUAAAAAUUCAUUUUUCUACUUAGUUGUUCUGUUAAUUCUAAACGUUUUUUGUUAAUCACUUCUCUGUUCCACCUGAAGAACAAGUAUUUUGAGAUUUAAUUGGAGUAGGGAUUUUUUUUAAUGUGUUUGUUGAUUGGUGUUAUAUUUGUGUUACAAUUUCAAGAUAAAUAUUAUUUGCUUGAUUACAAUUUCAAAUUUAUAAUGCAAUUCCAAUUUAAAUUGGCUUUCACAGUUUAUUAAAACUGCUUGAACUUAGCCGGGCAUGGUGGUGCACACCUUUAACCCCAGCACAUGAAAGGCAGGCAGGCAGAUCUCUGUGAGUUCAAGGCCAGCCUGGGGUCUACAUAGUGAGUUCCAGGCCAGCUGGGGCUACAGAGAGACCCUGUCUCAAAAAGACAAAAAAAAAAAAAAAAAGAAAAAAAGACUUGAACUUAUCAUUUCAGGUUUUAUUUUGUAUACCUCUGUAGAUGUUCAUGAACUUUUAGCCAAGCAUUAGCAAUUCUUUUUAAUUUUUGUGUGUGCGUACACAUGCGUACAAGUAUCCGUGGAGGACAGAGGAGGUCAGAUCCCCUGGAGCUGAAGUUACAGGCAGUUGUGCCAGAUGUGGGGGCUGGGAAUUGAACUCUGCUUCUCUGAAAGAGCAAGUGCUUUUAAGCACUGAGGUAUGUCUUCAGCCCCAACAAUUCUUAUAGCACUGCUGAUGUGUACAAACUUCUGUAAAAUUUUCAUUUUUUGAGAAUAAAGUUUAAAAAAAAAAACCCUACUAUGUUGCCAUGAGUAAAUUGGUGUUUAUGUGUGUAAUUUACA